AUGAAAUCUAAGUAAUCAGCAGUUAAGGAAAAGUAUUCAUUUUCCAAUUAGGCAACUAUUAGCAAUAACAAGCAUAGGCUUGAAUCUCAAUAUCAAGAUAGUGUUUACUCUUAAGAGGCUUAUAGCAACAAUAUGCACUUUCUAACAAAUCAAAGCGCAGGAACCUAGCAAAAUUAUUUGAAUAGUAACCUCCCAAUGACUUUGGAGAUAGGUUCACAUCUUGAUAUUUCUCCCAUUCCUUCAAUGAAUAAAAACCCAUCUUCAUUUCUGCCUAAAAUAUCUAGUCCUAGCAAGAGUUCAUUCAAGGAUUUAAAGCUCUUAAACUAAUUGACAAUUAGUUUAGCUAAAGAUUUACCUAAGAAUUAAAGAAAUAAAAGGGAGUUCUUAGCCUCACCCUAGAUGUAAGGAUCUAUUACCUAGAGAGGACAAAUUCGAGUGGCAAUUCAAAAUGCUCAAUCCAAAGAGAGGGAGGAAUUUAAGGAAAUAAUAAGCAAGAUUGACCACCAGAAAAAUGGAGAAUUGACAAAAGAUAUCUUAAACAAGUAUUAAAAUUCUAAUUUGGUAUCAGAUUUUGGUAAUCUGUGGGUAAAAGGGAGAUUGUCUUUGGAUAAGUUGCAUAUGAAAUAGAAACAGGAUAAUAGAAAUUAAGAUAAUAAUACCUCAACGAAUAAUAAUACAAAUCAUAAUAUCAUUCAAAACAAAUCACUAGAAAGAGUAAUUCAAGAAAAACUAUUGCUCAAAUAAAAGAGAGUAAGAAAUAGUUGGAAAACAACAGAUUUAGGCUUGAGGCUUUAGACUGAAAACCCUACUGAAGAGCAAUAAAGAUUAUAUGAGGAAUUUAAGGAAAAAAUGAGAAGGAUAGCUGAGUAGAAAAAAAGAGAUGAAGAUGACUUUGGGGAAUCCGUGCUUGAUAAGCCAUAGAUAUUUUUAAAUGCGUUAUCUGAUGGGUAACCGAAAUCCUAAGAUGAAAAUACAUCCGACAGGGUAGAAUUAAAACGAUAUUUGAAACAAGAAAAAGAAAAAAUAUUCAAUAUUAGUAAAAUCGCAUCAAAGAGUCCUGAUUAUCGUAAUCAGGAAGAGAAGCAUUAUUUCAUGAUGUACUUAAAGUUUAAGGUGCUGUUCUUCAAGAGUAUAUAAAAAGAGGUGUUAAAUAUGCUCACUGAAAAAUUUGCAUUUAAAGAGUAUAAAGAAGACGAAGUUAUUAUGAGAAAAGGUGAUGAUGGAGAUUUUAUGUGCGUAAUAAUAAAAGGCGAGGUAGGAGUAUAUAUUGAUGUUGAAGUUAAAAACUGUAUUGUGAUCUUAGGAGAGAAUAAAGUAUUUGGCGAGAGAGCUCUUGAAACCGAUGAUAAAAGAAGACUAGAAUACUUAUCCAGUUGUAAUAAAUACUUUUAUAAUUCAUUCUAGGGCAACAAUUAAUGGGAAGUUUGUGCGACUAAAAAAUAAAUACUUUACAAAGUAAAGGAUAUAAAGCCAGGCGAUAUAUUUGGACAUGAGGAGAUGAUCCAGGAAAGAGAGUAAAAGUUUUCAUCAGCUAGAGAUUUGAUCUAAGCUCCAGUUUAAAGAAACUGCAGAGUUAGAGCCUUGGCGCUAUCUGACUUAAUCUAUUUUAACAAGAAUGACUUUUUUGAAUUUUUCAAUGAGGUUGACUUGAAAAUUCUAAAACAAAACUCUUAAGUGAUUGAUAAAGAAGACAUUGUAAAUAGAAUCAGGAAAAAUAAUAUGAAUAAAAAGCAAAUUAAUGAUGCCAUUUUAAAUGCCACUUAGUUGAAUUACAUCUCGUCAGAAGUAGGUGGAGCGGUGAAGCACUAAAGAAAUCACAUGAAUUCUAGAGAUAGAAAGAUGCAAAAACUUAACCCUUGGUUUUAGAAAGUGAAAACGAACAAAACUGUCUCUCCACAAGUACUAAGGGAGGAUGAAAAGAUUAAAGUUCUGAAUGUGACUAAGAAUAAAAUUAUGGUGGAUGAGAAGAAGAAUUACAUUCAGGAUUACUUUUCACCAAGGGAUUAGAUAGCAAGUGGCAGUGGGAAUGUUAGCCCAAUGAAAUCUUCAGAAAUAGUAAAGUAACAACUAUGA